AAAGGUCAUCAGUCUGUCCCAAAGUCAUCGAGGAGACUUUGGGGAUUUCUGAGCGUCCUGUUUGUUUCGAAAAUACGUGGACAACGACGUUCUAUAUGACCAAGCAACUUAACCGUCAUACAUAGUUUCUUCUUUAAAAUUAUUUCAUCGAUGUUUUACUAAAAUGUUUUUUACAGUCCCUACUUUGAAACAAAGGCAUGCUCGCUUAACCACAUGUAUAGCCGCAUGCAACUGAUAAGUCCACUUUAAAUAUUCAUCCAAGCAAGGCGGCCACUAGUAGAACGUGUGCGUGUGUGUGCAUGCGUGUGUACUCUGGAGAUAUACUGUCAAGGCCAUUUGUGACACUGGAGCUUAAGCCAUGAUGGCCAUGCGAUUCCGCCGUCUGACGGCAGCGUUCGGCACUCUGUCCCUGGUGGUGCUGUUGGCAGUGAAUGGUACAUUCUACUAUACAAGGAUGCAAAAUGAUACGCACAACUCUCGUCAACCUUUGAGGCUUCCGGCAUUCCGGGAAAACGAGCUUCAGGAAAAUGAGCCGAUGGAAGAAGAGACGAGCCCCCUGGAGGCCGAGGCCAUAUAUCCAGACAUCCCGGCACACGAGAAGCAAAGCCCUACCGAACAAGACACCCGCGAGCAAGUCACGCACCCCCACUUCACCAAGUUCGCUGUGCUGAACACACAGCGGGGGUACCGCCAAGGAGACGUUCUUACUGCAGUCAUACAGGCGAGAGACGCCAGUGGAAGACCGAAGACGUACGGUGGAGACUUUUUCCGCGCGAAGCUUGUCAGUGUCCGGCCUAGAGAGGCCAGUAGCGCUGGGCACGUGACCGACCAUGGGAACGGUACCUACACGGUGCAGUUCCCACUGUACUGGACAGGGGAGGCCAGGGUAUCGGUGCAGCUCGUCCAUCCAAGCGAAGCUGUGAAGGUUCUGCGGCGCGUGCGGGAUGUUCCCGCCAAGAGAUCCUUCACCUGCAUGUUCAUCGAUGCCAAGAGCGGCGACAGGGAGAAGCGGCCGUGUUUUACCGCCCAACCUCCGGAACUGCCGCCUGAGCGACUCUGCGAUUUCUCCAGACACGAAGCCAACGGGACUUGGUUCUGCGAGAAGCCCGAAUCUCUGCCCUGUGAUGCCAUCGUCGCUUGUCGACGCGAGGUCAGCCUGAAGACCGACCAGCCGACAAUUCUGGUGUCAGAGGAUGAAUGGAAACUCUUUCUCAGUCCGUAUGUAGACACGGAGCUGGAACAAGACGACCCAGUUGUGAUAAACGUGAAGGAAUCGGAACAGCCCCUGACCGACCGUCUUCCCGAAUGUUCUGGACAAGCACCCGACGCCAUGACCAACGGCUACUGGUCCGGCAACGGCUGGAACUCGACGGUCUGCAAUGUGCGACAGUUUACCAGAACGGACAUGCGCCGAUGUGUUGCCAAUAAGACGCUCUACCUACAAGGCGAUUCCACCAUCAGGAAAUGGUUCCAAUGGUUCGCCGGGAAGGAGCAGAGCAGGCAUAAGGGAAGCCUGAAAGGAGGCCCAGCAAUCUUAUCGGACAAAGAUAGUAACAGCGUGGUGACCUACCGUGCUCACGGCCUGCCCGUACUGGGGUCGGAGUGGAUGAACAUCUCCAAAAUCAGGUACAUCGCGGACGAGCUGGACUCGAUCAAAGGCGGUCCAGAUACGCUCAUAGUUCUGGGCCUGGGGGCACAGUUCACUACCGAGCCUAUAGAGAUGUUUCGGGCUCGGCUCUACGCCAUACAGAACGCCAUACGCCGUCUUCUCCAGCGCAGUCCCGGCACGCGGGUGUUCGUGAGAACUGGAACGACGCGAGACCACAAAAGUCAGCGACUCUACCUUCGCGGAAGCGACUGGCUGGCGUAUCAGAUCGUGCAAGAAAUCAGACAGAUCUUCGGGCCUGACAGGAACGCCGUGGUUCUGGACACGUGGGACAUGAGCGUGUGCCAGUGGGAGGUGGAAAAUCUUCACAACGGAACCGCUAUGAUGGAUGCUCAGAUGAACAUGUUUCUGUCUCACAUAUGUCCUAAAGCCUAACAAAAUCUUUUUUCCCUAA